AUGGACUUGGUGCAAGAAAUCAUCUUACAGACCGAGUAUCAUCUGAACCAAGCUCAAGUGGAAGCAAAUCUGGCGAGAAAGACUGCAGAAAACCUGUCCAGAUCCUCGACCCGGUCAGCGAGGUAUGCGUACACCUGGUGGAACUGGACGUUCCGUGGAUGCGUCCUCGCCAGUGGAAUAAUCUUCUUCGUCACACUCUGCCGGUGCUGCUACUUCAGGUGCCUAAUCCGCACAAUGCGCACGUCGACGAACGUGGCCAUCGCGCUCAGCCCUUUAAAGGGCUCAUUCAGGCAUUCAAAUCUCACAAACCUCCUGCCCCCAGCUGUGUUAUGCAAGGGCAAAAUAAAUACUUCCGCCGCGAGUGCUCUCCUGUACGCCACUAUCUUUGGAAACGUGACCACCAUCUUUCAGCAGAUGUACACGAACACCAAUCGCUACCAUGAGAUGCUGAACAAUGUGAGAGAUUUCCUGAAGCUCUAUCAGGUGCCUAAAGGACUGAGUGAGAGAGUUAUGGACUACAUUGUGUCCACAUGGGCCAUGACCAAAGGCAUAGACACAGAGAAGGUUCUGUCCAUCUGUCCUAAGGACAUGCGUGCAGACAUCUGUGUGCACCUGAACCGCCAGGUUUUCAAUGAGCACCCUGCCUUCCGGCUGGCCAGUGACGGCUGUCUGCGCUCUUUGGCGGUAGAGUUCCAGACCACACACUGCGCUCCAGGAGAUCUCAUCUUCCACGCAGGGGAGAGCGUGGACACUCUUUGCUUCGUGGUGUCUGGAUCGCUGGAGGUUAUUCAGGAUGAUGAGGUUAUUGCCAUUUUAGGUAAGGGCGAUGUGUUUGGUGAUGUGUUCUGGAAGGAAUCCUCACUGGCACAUGCCUGUGCUAAUGUGAGGGCUCUGACGUACUGUGACCUGCAUGUCAUCAGGAGGGACGCAUUACUCAAAGUGCUGGAGUUCUACACAGCCUUUGCCAACUCCUUCUCCCGAAAUCUCUUCCUCACCUGCAACCUCCGCAAGCGGAUUGUUUUUCGCAAGAUUAUCGAUGUGAAGAAAGAGGAAGAGGAGAGGAGACACCAGAAAAACGAGGUGACCCUGUCUAUCCCCGUGGACCAUCCUGUCCGCAAACUUUUCCAAAAGUUUAAGCAGCAGAAGGAGAUGCGUACGCAAGGUUCAUCCCAGCAUGACCUGGGGAGGAACCAAUUUCAGGUGGAACAUCACCUCCACCCACUGUCCCACCAGCUUCAUCAGCAGCAAUAUCAGCCCCAGUACCAGGGCCACCAUCCACUUCAACACCAACAUGUGACCACCAUGCAAAACGGGACCCCUGGCUCAGGAAACGGGAACGGUGGUUCUAGCGUUGUAACAGUCUCGCAGAUAACCCCGAUCCAGAAUGCCCUAGCCUACGUUCAGACCGAGGAACCCAACAGCGAAGGCCAUGAGGCUAUGGAGCUCAAGCCCAGCUUUGGCAUAGAGGACUCGAAUUGUCUAAAAGUAACAAGUCCUGUGAGACCCAGAGGAGGAAGGGGACGAGGCUGGAUGCGUUUCCAUAACAUUGCAUCAGGAUCAUCUCCCAUGCUUCCGCUGGAACUAGAGAAGCAGCCACCGCAGAAGGAAGAGGAGUGGGGGGAUGUGUCCCAGCCCCUGAAUGUGAUCUCAGACAAUGGGAAGAACAAGGAAGCAGAGGAUGGGGGAUCUAACGAAAGGGGUACGGGUGGAAACGGUAACAGUAGUGAUGAGACUGAUGAGAAUACUGCCCUACACAAGACUGAUUCUUGCGACAGUGGAAUAACAAAGAGUGACUUGCGUAUUGACCGGGUAGGGGAUUUACGGAGCCCGUACGACAGGGCCUCGAUAGAAAGGAGCCCAUAUGAUCAGCCUAGUCCCGGGGUGGGUGACGUGACCCUACGGGGGAUUCAAUUUCAGCCUGUCUCUGAACAGGCAGUGCUUCAAAACAGCCUGUAUGAGGCAAAGCUGGAACUAAAAGGAGACAUACAGACGUUAAAUAGCCGGCUAGCAGCUCUGGAGGACCAGGUGGGGGAGAUUUUGAGACUUUUGUCAGAGAAGAGAAAACCUUCCCCAACUCCUCAGACCUCCUCGCCAAAAACUACACAUCAGUGCCAGGACAUCUUUGCCCUUUCUCAGCCUGUCACUCCAGAGACAGAGGGGGACGAUGGACCCCUUUGAAUAGGAGAAAUAUAUUUAGAUAUUGAUAUGCUGUUUUUAUUUAUCGUUUCCUUCCUCUCACUCAGGAAGGAAAGGUGAAUACUGAUGAUUAGGGGAAGGAUCCUUGCUGUUGUAAAUAUAUACUUGCAUGUCCAGCUGGAAUCUGGCCUGCCAAUGAACUUUUCUCUAUGGAUAGUAGUUGCUUGUAAACGUAUGGAAUCGGUUGCAUGCGGAGAUGAUUUUAUUCUGACAUUGCACACGGAAUCUUCUAACCAGGUGAUAUUUCAGGGCAUUUUCUGUUUGAGUGAUGGCUUGGUGCCCCAGAUGUGGGAUCUUGGGUUGCUGUAACGCAGAAUCAGGCUUGGUCAAUACCUCCAUCGGGCAUUCUUUAUAGUGAAAUGGAUAUUAAUAGCUACAGUCAUUUAAAUGAAUGGCUUGCCCCAAAAAGGAACGUUUUGCCAUCAUUUAUUCACCCACAUGUCGCUCCAAAGCACAAAAGAUGAUAUUUUGAAUAACACUCUUUUUCUUUUUUUUCAAACUGUGUGACUACUUGGUACUUUCAAAGCAAAGAAUGUGUAGUGAUCCAAAAUGAAUUUACUUCCAAUUAGGGGUGGGAAUCUUUAGGCACCUCACAAUCCGAUGCGAUUCCAAAACGAUCUACAUUUUUUUCUUAAUUAAUUAGUUUAACCAACUUUUAACCUCAAAUUUUUGUGUGCAUUUUGAUUAAAUUACUUGCAUAAAAUAAGUACUUUUUAAAACAAUAAAAAUGCAAGUAAAACAGUUGUAUCUUCCACUGACUAAAUAUAGCUUUAAAACAUACAAGCAAAUCGUAAAUAAUAAAGAGGAAUGAACCAUAUUACAAGAAAUAAAUGAUGUGCUUAAGUAUCUGAAUGUUUUUCAGUCAAGAGCAGUGAUUUUUCAGCUUUUUCACAGCUUUACUGCUGUUUGAUUAUUACUGAGGACAUCAUAGACUGCAGGAGGUCUAAUAGACUGCAUUCACACAAAUACACAGAUCUAUUUUUGACAUAUCAGAUGUUUUGUCCUGGUUGUUUAAGACAUAACAGACCGUGUUUUGCAUUAAUUCCGUGUCAUAAAAACAGUUUGAAAUGCAAAAGCAUUUAACCGCAUACUUGACAGUCGCACACAACCGCUUCCACAAGCGCUCCUCACAAGGCCCACAUGAGCAUUUGAAAGCAGACAUCUGCCAGUAAGUUAGUUUUGUGUAUUGAAUAUAUAUGCCAAUUGCAUUUCAUACUAUAGACUUUCAGUGUAUGGACAAGAAAAAAAACACCAAGGCCUUUUUUUAAGAAUGGCAGAAGAAAGUCAUACAGAUUUGAAAUGACAUCAGGGUGAGUAAAUGAUGACAGAACUUUCGUUUUUAGGUCAACUAUCACUGAUUGCUCAAAUGAUUGGAAGUUUGUGAAAUUGUUUGCCUAGAUGAUUUCUUGGAUGUGAUUAAGUAGAUAAUCCAAUAACUAAACUCACUUUUGAUAUGCGAAACCCAUUUCAUAAACACCAUUGUUUCAAAUUCCGUUAUCAUUAUUGCCUUGUAUUUCUUUUGUGGAAUUUUAUGAUAGAUAAGAGAGAAAUGACUUAGCCCAAUUUUUGGGGAGCUGUUUUACAUGUUUUAGAGAGAUAUAUCUGCAUGCUGGAUGGAUUUAGCUCUGGCAUGGUAGGACUAGGGACUAAUUGUUUUUUUCCCGUAUCAAUUAUGCAAACAUACAAAGUGCAAGUCACAAAGGGGGAGGGGAGGGGGGUUCUGCAUUUUGGGAAAGCAUGAACACAUUCAGGUCAUUUGGAAAUUAUACAAGCAUGCACUGAAUUCUUUGCAUGACAUCAACAUUGUGUUUCAUAUAAUAGGUCAUGGACCCCUGGUAUUUUUUCCCAAUAUAAAAUACCCACAAUUAAUUUCAGUCCAGAUGCAUAUUUCAAAGCCUUCACAUUUAAUCCACUACCCAAACUAAACUGAACUGCCUACUUUCAAAUGACCUACCAUUAGGUUCUUUCAAAAACAACACCUUAGUUGUUUUUGAGAGAACCUAAUGGUUGGUCAUUUGAAAGUGCUGUGGGGAACUUUCUUAAUAUUAUGUUAUUAUAUCCACAGGCGGUGACUCACUGCAUAUCAGCAUAAAGGCUGCUUUAGAGGGUUUAUAACAUAAUGACUAAUGCUCCUUCACCUCUUAUUUCCCAUCAGUUCUAUUGUAAUGUUAUUAGUCUUUCUGGUGAUGUUCAUACCAACACAAGGGAUGUUCAGUUGUGAAUGGGGUUCAGAAGAGAGACUAUUAAGAUUAAUACUACACCAACAGGAGUGUGGUUUUAUUAAUUUGACUUUUAAUGCCUAUACAAUCCUUUACAAUGAAAAUGUUCCGUCAUAAUGUAAUCCACAAACAAGCAACAGUUCUUCAGUGGUGUUUCAAAGCAAUAGCCAUUAUUGCACAUCCCUCUACUUAUUCCCUAAUUUGGAUAAACACAUGCUCAUCACUGUAAGUGCUCUGAUAAUAAUAAUAGUUCACUGCUAUUGUUUAAUCAUCAUUUCAAAAGUUAUGUUCAUGGGGACCAAAGACAUUAGAACUUUUGUACUAAUAACAUUACAUCAGUGUCCUGCUCAAACUCCUAAUCCCAUUAUUACCUGUCACCAGUGGAUGGUGAUAAAAGCCUCAUUAGGUUAUACUGAUAUGUAAAUGACAUCACUGUUUUGCGACUUAAGCCUUGUUCACACUACAUGAUUUUAAAGCGUCGGGCUGAACUGUGCGGUUCACACUACAUGACUUGCUCUCUGUGAAAUCAGGAGUGUUCAAGUUGUUGAGCUGUUCACAGUACACACGACACCACGUGGUUGAUCCACAACAGGAGGUAACGCGCUACACGAGUUGACAACAACUCUGUCACCCAACGAUUCUAUCUUGUCCACAAACAACGUUUUGUCACGAAAAAUCAUGCGAUAAAGCGAACUGAUGCGAAACAGCACGUGCGCCAAUCCCCAGCGAAGAAGAAGAACACAACACACGAAUAUGGACGUCAGACAGAAACGAGUUCUACGAACUGUUUGUGCGAUGAUUUGCUCUAAGAAAAAAAUGCAAAAGAAGAAAAAAAUAUGAUUUAUCCGGUGACCUCAACUCAUGCCUUGGUCUGAUUGGCUGUAACUCAUGACAUCACAUGAGGUUGAGUCGUGUGACAGCUCUGGAUAUCUAGCAUGCUAGAUAAUUUUCUGUCAUACUAACAGAUUGGCGAGCAUUCAUUGCCCGCUAAUCCCACUCGAUUUGGACGCGAUAACACCAAGACCUGUCGGCAAGCUCAACGAUUUGCAAAUCGGGCUUACAAUUAUGUAGUGUGAAAUAGGCUUUAGGCAAAAUAAACAUUUAAAAGAUGACAGAUCAUUUUAUUGGCUGUAGUAUUUCUAAACCCCAUUAUUUUAAUAUCGUUUUUUUACAAUCUAAAAUUUUUUUUAAGAUAGUUCACAACAAUAAUAACAACAAAAUUCUAUCAUAAUUUUAUCACCAUUUAAUUUCAAACCUGUAUGACAUUUUUUCCCUUUGAGUAACACAAAAUGAGAAAUGUUGAUGUACUGGUCAAUUUGUACUGGACUUUUUUUUUUAGCUUGGAUUCCCAUUAAUUUAAAUGUGGAAAACAUGGGCUAGUACAUUCUUUAACAUAUCACCUUUUCUCAUAUUAGUCAUAUGUCAUAAGGUUUUAAUGAUAUGAGUGUGAGUAAAGGACGACAGAAUUUUCAUCUUUGGUUGAACUUUUGAAGCAUGAAAAUAUUAAUAACAAUCACACCUUGUCUACAUCGGACUUGAGGCUGUCUACAAUGGACGUAACAAAGCGACCACUGUGAUUGUUCUUUAUAUCAGAAGUAGCGCAAGCGGUUGGAUUGCAUCAGCAAAAGAAUAGGGGGUCAGUUUACUGACGAAGAUCUGCCGUUUUGAGUCGCGCCAAAUCCAGUGUAGACAGCAUCACUGAUUAUAAUGGGUUCUAUUAGCUUUAGGCGCGCCGUAUGUCUGGUCUAGACGUGGUGUAAUAAUAUCUUCUAAUAAUAUCUCACACUUUGAUCUGCAUCAUAAAACAUAAAACACCCUUGAUUAUGCUUUUUUCAUUCACUGGUUUCAUGCUUUGAGAUUUCAGUGUCCUGUGCUCCUUCAUUCUGUUUGAGUUAUUUUUCCUGUCAUUCAGCCCAGCAGAGAGGAGCACAGACAGUGAAAGGAUUAUUCUUUGAGUCUCCCAUGAAAUUGAAGAGAUGGAUAUAAUAGAUGCUAAAAGCUGUAAUAGUGUGGCAGAUGACGCGGGUCUCUGUAAUCGAAUGGAGCUGGCUCGCUGCGUGAAUCCCAGGGUGCCUGUUCCGAGGAUUACACACAGUUUUCAGAAAAUUAUGAGGGUAUUCAACUCCACUGGGUAUUGAAACUUUUUGGAGUGGGGUGGGUUUGGAAUGACGUGCCCGGUCCUUACACACACUGGGAACCAAUGGUGAGCACCAUGUGCCUAGUGAGGCGUUGGGACUCUGACUGCAUGCUGCAUUUUUGAACUGUAUAAAACUUAAUGCCAAUGAGAAUGAUAUUUGCCUGCCAAAGCAGUGUUUUGCUGCAACUUUUCAUGCACACACACACAUAAUGGGCAGAGGCCUGGGCACUAAAUCACAAAAAACACAUCUCAAAAUACAAUAUUGUGCUGUUCAUUAAAAUACAUUACAUGCCAAUACAGGAAGUUUUUGAUGACUAUCAAUACAUUCUGGCCAUAGCAACACAAUCAGCAGAUUAAUAGUAGGCCUAGCUGAUUUUAAAUUGCCAUUUAUCUCCAGUCUCAAUAAAAGGAAAAACAUGUCAAACCAAAAGAUGGGAUGAAGUUAAAAGAAAAUUCAUUCAAUGCAUUUUUUGACCUAUACAAUAACACAAUAAUGUUGAUUGUCUCUCACCAAAUAUUAGCUACAGUGCCUUUAAAAAGGAUCCAUGCCAUCAGAAGUGUUUGUGUUGUAUUGUUUUACAACAUUAAACCUCACUGGCUUUUUUAAAACAAAUAUUUUAUGUCAAAUGUCUACAUUGCCCAUUGGUCAGAACAUCUUACAGUUGUUACACAAAAUUAUUGCCCCAUUCAUUCCUGAAUGGAGGGAUAUCUUAAGUAGAUCAGCUUUUAUCAAGUGUAACCCAUAAAUAAUUUAAAAAAAAAAAUGUUUGACAUCUGGACUUUGGAUUUGUUAAUAUUGAACAUUAGCUUUAAACUUGAGGUCACCAUUUUGCUGGAAAUUGAUUCCUUUGUAGGUGUCGUUGCAUUAAUUUUGCAAAGAAGCAUCCCCAUGAGGGUGUGUUUCUGAUCAUGUGUAGUUUGGCUUACAACAAACAUGCUGUUGAGUCUGAUGGUCAGAAAGCUUAAUUUUAUUCUCAUCAUACAACAGAAUCUCCCACGUCUUCUGGCAAACUGUAGACGAGAUCUCAUAUGCAACGGUGACUUAUCUUUGUCACUCCCCUAUAAAGCUGUGACUAAAGCUGGUCUAUUUCAUACAGUAAUUAUGGAUUUAACUUGGAACUGUUUUUGCAUCCAUUUCCUGGCUUGUGCCUUUCUAUUGCUUUUUGUUUGCAGAAUUGCUUGGAAUAUUAGUUUUUCUUCAUGGUUUUAUGUCCUACAGCCAUAGUUCUGACUCACCAAAACUUGGACAUUGCAGAUAGAGGUAUUUAUAAUCAUCAGAGAUUGCACACAAGUGAGAUGCAUUUAACAUUGACUAGUUAAAUGGCUAUAUGGCUACAAACCACUUGGCUGCACCAGUGAUGAUUUGAAAAGUCACAUUAACAUGAAUACUUACCAUUAUUGUAUUUAUAGUUAUUUUAAUCACUGAAGAUCUGUUUUACCUUUUAAAAUUAAAGUCUUUUGUUGUUGAUCAUGACAAAAAUCCAAAUGAUUCAGUCCACCAUGAUUCAGUUUCAGUGCUGUACAACAAUAAAACAUGGAAAAUAGAGUGAAUAUAUUUUAUUGGCACUGUAAACGCAAAGAUUAGAUGUUUACUUAAAAUGAACCUUGUGUUUUUGAAUUGAAAAAAGCAGCCUAUAUUUUCAAGAUUUGUUAUCACAACUUUUUUUUCUUUUGUCAAAUCAACUUAAAUAAUUUAUUUAGUUCAGAUAACGUAUUAUUUUGAGUUUCUGGUGAUUAAAUAAAUCUCCUUCAUAGUAUUCACUCAACUUAAAAUUUUAAGGCAACCAGGUUACUUAUUAUUUUUUUAAGUUAAACCAACAAUAUUUUUUAACAGGAUAGAAAUAGAUGUCAGAUAAGUUAUUUCAGUUCAUUCACACACUUUAGGGAGGGUUAAUCAUCAUUUUAUUUUUGGAUGGCAUUUUUUCAGACCUCAGCAGAAUUUCAUUGCUUUCAUCUGUUCUCAUAGCUGAAGUGCUGCCCAGGCUCCUCUUACCCUUUUGGAAGCAGUGACCACUGAGUUUAUUACUAAGCUCCUUUUCCACUGUAAUUGAGACUGCCUUUUUAUCAGUGUAAAAAAUAUUGUUAUGAUAAUAUUUCUGAGGAAGGUGGGGGAAAGUGUUUAUUUUUACCACACUGGCAUGAAUAUUAAUAAUUUGUUAUAUACAGUGUAGUACACUGAUGUUAUAAAAUAAAACUUUUAUUGUGCUAAUUUA